CAGUCGACUUGCGUGCACGGCGCAGCACGGGACCAGCGACAGUUCUCUUCGCCACUGAAAAGUCCGCGCGUCGCGAGCCUCGGCGCUUUCUCUAUCGCCGGAGUUCAAAUGGAAACGAAACCGUGACAAAUUGCAGAAACGAGAAGGUGGAGAAGUAAAGAGUGUCGAAGUGUGACAAACGUUUGAAAUUUCUGCGACGGUGAUUAUGUUGCUUUCGCACAGAGAGAAAGAAUGAAGAGUAAAAAGCACAUCGACGACGCUCAACCGGCCACAGUGGACGAGCAUUUUCAGCUGAUCUUGGACGACAGGACCACCAUUGACCCAGACUUCGUGAAAGUCACUCCGGACGAUCUUCCAGAAUGGUUCGACAAACGAUUGUUCAAAACGGGUCAAGAAUAUUACAAGGACAAUUUACUAGGAUUUGGAACUGCACAUAUAGCAGGCCUGGUAGCGAUAUUAGCCGUUCCAGACAUACUAGAGGUGCUGGUCUAUACGAAAAAGAGUAGUACAGUAUGCUUAUCGUACAAACGAUUCGCCGAAACUUUGUUACUCAUGUACGCGCUCUUUCACUCGGAUAUGCUUGACCCGAAUUCAAAGUGGUUCAAGGCGAUGAACGUGGUCCGAUGGAGGCACGCAACGGUCAGCAAGAGGCACCAGAAGGACGGGCACCAUGGGAUUUAUCAGAAGGAUAUGGUUAUCACGCAAUUCGGUUUCAUAGGAUAUGUUUUCAUAUGCCCGGAAAAAGUUGGCCUGGCGCAUACCACGUACGAGCAAAAAAUGGGUUUCAAUCAUUUUUGGCGCGUCACCGGUCACCUGUUGGGUAUAACGGAUAGGAUAAAUAUCUGUCGAGAGACGGUGGAGGAAACGACGGAAUUAUGCAAAAGGGUAGCGUACGAAAUUCUAGCUAAACACUUGGAGAAUCCACUUCCGGAAUUUGAAAAAUUGUCGUCGAACGCGGUGACCGGAAUGUGGUACAUCGAUGUCACGAUCGACACGGAUGCCUUCAUGUACAAAACAUACGACCUGACGGGUGUCAAAUAUAAAAAGCCUCUCGGAUGGUACUCCACGUUGAUGCUGUACAGAGGCAUGUUUCUGCUGUACAUGUGCAGUGUUCCCUAUAUUGGAAAAGUGGUGCGGGAAAUCUUUAACGUGAUUCUAACGCUAACUUACCUGAUGCUUGAGUAUUGUCCCGUAGCCGCUUGGCUAGCGUUUGGAAAACAAAAAUCGCAACUUUGCCUGUAUCCUAAUAUAUGAGGAUAGUAUUUUCACGGUGUAAAUCCGAGACAAUUAAAUCAAAUGGUUAUUUUAUGCGUAAACAAACGAUUUGUGGGUGAUCGAUAAACGUAGGGUUAUUAAUAAAAGCAUAGAAUUAAA